AUGUCGUUGCCGCAAUCUCUGCGAACCUCCAUCACACCUCCAGAGCUUGAAUUCAUUGCCUCCCAACAGCUGAUAGAGAUCAUCCCUCUCAUUGCUAUGGAGAAGACUGCCUUCAUAUCUGGUGCCUUUGGUCCUCUCCAGCCCCCUCGGAGAGCUAAAAUUCCUUUGUGGAUGGCGAUCAAUCUGAAGCUCAAGAAGAAAUGCCAUAUUGUUGCUCCCGAGUGGCUUAGCGUUGAAUUCCUCCAAUCACGUCUCGAUGAAGAGCUGAGCGAGCCUGGGUACAGCCGGCUCCCAUUCCGAUACGCGGAAGUGUCGAAAGUUUUGCUGGAUGUCGCGUCGGACGAUAUUCAAAAUACAGAUAAAAUACGAUCUUUGUUGAAGGACCUCAGGGAAGCACGUCAGGCGAAAAGUCGUGAGGGUUUAGAAGAAUUAAAUCGGAGUGAACUCAGUUUAUCGAACUUGUCCUCAAUGGAAAUCAACGAGAUUCGACCGUUCUUUGUACAUGCUAUGGGGAUUCUCACACAUUUGCAUCGCGAUGCCUCUACUGAAGACUAA